AUGAAGAGAAAGAUGAAAAGAGAGAUGAAAGGUGAGAAAACGGGCAACGAGCUUCAAACUGUUGAAGUCGACACUGCCACGUUUCUUCCUCUCGCCACUGUCCAUCCUCUUGAAUCUUGCAACAGCAUUCUGGGCCAACUGCAAUCUUUACAACAUCCUCGCACUAACACCAACAGUAACGUGCCAGAGUCUCCAAAACACUCGCAACCACUGCAAAGCUGCACCUGUAGCCACAGGACAACAAAAAAGGCCCAAGAGCAGAAUGACAUAAUCAACAGCGUCGAUUGCCGAGCUGACACCAAGCAAGGCCAGCAGAACAACUUUUUCCUCGUCAACACCAGUCAACACAUACAAUGUUUCUUCAGUAAUAUUUUGAAAGCGGUUGAUGUUGACGUUUUGGUAGUUGUUGAUAUUUUUAUUGAAACUGUGAUUAUCGAUGAUGUUGUUGCUGACGAUGUUGCGCUGCAGAUGUUGAUGUUGUUUGUGUUGUUGAUCAUUGGUAUUGGUGACGUAAUAGAUGAUGGUUAG